GGUAUAUAUAAGCCUCUGAAAUCCACAACGAACAAUUUAACUCAAAGUAUUCUUCUAUACGAAAUAGUUGCAUUCGUCUUAAACAUGAAGAAGGUCAUGGAAAUACUCUGCUUAGUUGUCUUAGCAAUAGUUUAUGUUAGGAGUGACCAUGAAGGUAUUCAAAGUCGUCAUGGCAUUUGGAACAAUAGAAAAGUGCCUUACAGAGGAGCUGGAAAUUUCGAAAGUGGUUUAGGAUACGGUGGUGAUCAAAACAUUGGUGGAAAUUUCCACAGAGGUCAAGGUGGCGGUAGAGAUUAUGAUCACGAUCAGUCUGGUGGUGUGGGGAAUGGACCUUACAACGGUUAUGAAGACAGUAGUUACAGUAAUAAUGGUGGACUGGGUGGUUUAGGCGGUUGUGAUGGAGAUUACAACAAUGGUCCUCCAUAUGUUGAAUCGCUUUCUUACGCAAAACCACGACCACUUCGACGGUGUACAUACUACUGUCGGCUUAAUUAUUGCGAUUCCUACAAAUGUUAUUAUAUCUGCCGACCAAAGUGUGCUUGUUCGUUCGUAAACGCUGGCAGUGUUGAGACUUAUGGUCGUAAAGGAGGAAAGACUUUUGAAAUAAGCAAGCCAUUGAAGGAGAGAGUUGAAGGAUUCGACUACGUACCACCAGGUGAAGAAUCUUUACCCAACGAAGGAGCAAUAAAGUAUGAGGACGACUGAGCUGGAAAUAAAGACAACGUGCGACAUCUCAAGUAUUAAUAACCAGUACGAAUGUAUAAUAUCAUUAACCUUUUUUGUCAUUUCAUUAAAAGACUCUUCCUUCUGGUCAUU